GAGCAAGGCCUUUGAUGGCUGCAGGGCCUCCGGAGUGGCAAGCAAACAACCCUCCCUUUGUAGCCUCAGAUAAGAGGCAGCCUCGCCUUUUCUCCCAGGAAGCACCGGCACUUCCUCCUCAGGCCGCCCUGACCAGACAGGUAGGUUUGGCCCCGUCACCUGAUCCUUCCUCCUCCUGAGCACCGAGGGGCAAAGGCACCUGGAUCUGCUGCAUCUCACCUGGGACAGUCUUGCAAAGGAUGUCUGGGGGCCAAAGUGACCAGCAGUUCCCGAAGGAGGCUGAAGACGGCUGGACCCAGGGAGACCCGGGUGCCGAGAUGCCAAACUCCGCUCCGUCCUCCGCUUCCCAGAGCGUCCUCUACCCACGGCCUUACGAUGACCACUAUGAAUCGCGAAAGUUCUUUGCCACCAGGCCAGGAGCAUUUGACCAAGCCAUGGAUGACCUGAAGGCCCACGUUGUCACCAACAUGGGAGAAACGGCCCACAGCUUUUGGCUAUUGACCGAGAUCGACCACUGGAACAACGAGAAGGAGCGCGUCCUGGUGAUCACCGAUUCCGCCCUCCUCAUCUGCAAAUACGACUUCAUCAUGUUGAAGUGUCUCCAGCUGCAAAGGGUCCCGCUGAGCUACAUCGACCGGGUUUCCUUGGGUCCCUUCUCUUUUCCGGAGAGGUCACUGGACAAGAGGGAAGGUGAAGGUCUGCGCAUCUUCUGGGACAAAGUGCGGGAGCCGAAAUUCCUCUCUCGUUGGAACCCCUGGUCCACCGACGUCCCUUUUGCGACCUUCAUUGAGCAUCCUGUGAAGAACAGCAGCCAGAGGUUUAACGCCAUUUGCCAGCUCUCCGCGUUCACUUCUCAGCUGGUCCCAGCGGUCCAAAAUGCCCAGCGGAGGGAUCCGGUGCCCGGCCGAACCACGGGCGUUGAAGUAGUGGAUGAACCCAUCUUCAUUGACACCCUCACGGGGCUGAUGUCGUUCCUUGGGAACCGGAACAAACUGGGUUAUUCCCUCGCUCGAGGCAGCUUCGGUUUCUGAAGCGUGACAAAUUCGGGAUUUUUUCUUCUUGGUGUUGAACAAUAUUUGCUUUUUCAUCUGUCUCUUGCAAAGAUGGGGUUCAGAGGUCUUUUGAAUACCUGGUCUUGAGGUGCAUCUACACAUAGGAUUAAUACAGUUUCACUUCACUUGAACUGCUGUGGCUCUGUUACAUGGAAUCAUGGGAACUGCAGGUUUUCAGUCUUCUCUACCAAAGGGUGCAUAUACUUCACCAAACUAUAAUUCCCAGGCUUGCAUAACAUUGAGCUAUGGCAGUUAAAGUGGUGUUAAAUUUGUCAGAGUAUUUGCAGCGCAGCAGUAGUUGGAUGGAAUUAGUGGAAAGCAGAACAAAGAGACAUCCAGAGAGUUGGUAAAACUAUAUACAAAGUUUUACUGUACAAGACAAACGAGCUUGCUGACAAUGGACACAGGACUUAACACCUAGGCAGACAGCACUCAACUCAACUCAGAACAGAACUGAUGCAAUCAGUAAUGCACAAACACUUGUGUCUGGACACUCCCCAGUUCCAGUCACACAUCAAGGACAUCACAGCUUCUUAGCAAUUAACUCUUUCCAGACUAUGUUACACUCUGGAUGAUGCAAUCAGUAUGCAGUACAGGCAAGACACAAAUUUCAUUUAAACACUAUCAAUACACAAAUCCCACAUUAACAAAAACUGCAUUAGUUCUAUAGUGUAGAUGCAUCCAUAGAAGCCACCAACAGAAGUGACAGGAUGGAUGGCAAAUCCAUGCUGGGUCUUAGUCUGAACGUUAAUAGUGCUGAAUCUAAACGAACUGCAGACUUACUGACAUCAAUUUAAUUAACUGGGAGUUGUAGUUUUGCAAGACUGUUUGCCUUCUUCCUUGGCAUUGAGCCAUAGAAAUUAAUGUGCUGCCAAACUGAAUUAAUAAUACAGUGUGAAUGCACACAUAGUUGAGAGAAGAAGCUAGAAGAAGCACACCAUUGCUUUCUAUUGUCUUACCUUUGCCGAUUGCAGUUUGCAAAAGUGAAUAAAUUUAUUUCCCCCUUUGCA